GGGUCAAAGCAGGUUGGAACGGGUGGAGGAAGGUGUCAGGUGUGUUAUGUGACAGAAGAGUCUCUGCUAGGAUGAAGGGCAAAGUUUAUAAAACAGUAGUGAGGCCACCCAUGAUGUAUGGAUUAGAGACGGUGGCACUGAAGAGACAACAGGAAGCAGACCUGGAGGUGGCGGAAAUGAAUAUGUUGAGGUUCGCUCUUGGAGUGACCAGGUUGGAUAAAAUUAGAAAUGAGCUCAUCAGAGGGACAGCCAAGGUUCGAUGUUUUGGAGACAAAGUUAGAGAGCGCAGACUUCAAUGGUUUGGACACGUCCAGAGGAGAAAUAGUGAGUAUAUUGGAAGAAGGAUGAUGAGGAUGGAGCUGCCAGGCAAGAGAGCUCGAGGAAGACCAAAGAGAAGGUUGAUGGAUGUCGUGAGGGAAGACAUGAUGAUGGCAGUUGGUGUUCGAGAGGAGGAUGCAGGAGAUAGGCUUACAUGGAAAAGGAUGACGCGCUGUGGCGACCCCUAACGGGACAAGCCGUAAGGAAAAGAAGAAGAAGAAGACUGUGACUUACAGAAAUAAGGACAACACGGCUUCACCUUGUCAAGUGCAGUCCUCAUCUCAUUUUCACAACAAAGUCUGUUCCAUCUCUUCUUUUUCAUGUCGACCAUCCUCAAAAAUGUUUGCUUGCCAAGAUACAUUGUAACAGUGGGGGUCCACUCUAUUUGAUAAUUGCUAUGAUAGGCUACGUGUAUUAACUACUCUUUCUUUGACAUGACUUAAGUGCAUCUCAGCAUUCCCUCAUGUUCACACAGAAUAGUUGUCGAACUCUGGAUCCACAUUAUAGAAGGCGGGAAUGUGAGUACAGAUGUCCAAUGUUGAGCUGGGCAAAAGAAAAAAACGAUAAAACUAAUCACAGUUUGUCUUAGUGGUAUAAGGGUGAUGUCAUCAGUAGAACUUCUUUGGUCCCUAAGCUGCUCUAAGCUAUGUUCAGUCAUGCUUUUCUAGUUCCCCUUCAGCCAUGACUUCUAUGCAUUAAACACAUCAUGCAAUGAAAGUCAGGUUGGUUCUGUGAGCCAGGCAAGGGUUGCACUAUUAUUUGGAAUUGCAAUUUGGAAUCAGAAGAAAAAAGUAACAUGUAAAGUUAUGACUCUCCUAACACUGAAAAUGUUUACGGCGACGAUGGCUUGUGUCUUGGGUGCUACCUUUUGAAUAUACUACUUCUGUACUCUUGACAUUUACAGCUUGAGAACAUAACUUUACCUUUUUUGCCCUGGAAAAGGAACAAACUGUUAUCUCGGUGUCCAGUAAUUAGUGGGAUAGGGUACAUUAGUAUAAACUCACUUCUACUGUGGCCCUAUUUCAAUCAAUGAUUUCUACAGUUCGGUAAACAGGGGCAAUUUGUAGAAAUUCUCUACAGUAAAGUGACAUGCAUGGAAAAGUGAUGACAAUUCCAAGGUUCCACGACUGACAGGAGCCAUAGAACAUAGUAUUUUUAAUCUCCCCAAAUCCUUGCCUGCAUCCUUCCGUAGUUAUGAGUUUUGACUUCAUUCUGAUAUGUUUGCAUUCAAAAAAGAAGGAGGAAUAGAGGGAUCCAAACUUGUUAGUCAGACAAUAUUAUUAUAUGUGUGGCACACAUUUACAUAUAAAUUAGAACAUCCUUAAUUCUUAAUGUUCUAGACAAUUAUGUUGCCAUAUAAAUAGUUUGUAGGUAAUUCAUCCACCCAAUUAGUGAACUCAUUAGCAUCCUCGUAAUGUAUAAUUUAUAGUUGAUGACUAUUAAAACAGAAUUUCUACUGUGUUAUCAUUUGCUGGUUACACACACAGAUUUACUGCUUGUCAUAACAAUCAUGCAAUGUGUGUGAAAUAGCUCAUUUUAAUAGUGUGGUGUGUGAUAAUGAUAACAUGUGCUAUAGCUACUGGAGUGGUGCAUGUGCACAGUGAUGUAGCUCAUCAAUGUGUGUGAUCAUUGUCCUGAGGGCGCUGAAUGGGUCAAUAUCGAUGUACGACGCAGCGUCCAGUGAUGGCGAUAUAUAAAUACUGGGGCUCAUGCCUCCGUUUCCUGUUUCCUGCUGGAGAGGCCUUGAGGCGCGGUUUCUGAAGAGCGGCAGAACAGAGGUUUUAAAGCUCUCGUAGACCUUCAGUACCAGCGGUGACACCCUUCGUGAGAAAUUUGUGCACGGUUCUGUACAGAGGAUUGCAGAGAUCACUGUAGCCCCACUUGCAAUGGAGGACAGUGACCAUGAAUUUCCAUCUUCAUCUGACGAGCGGGACUCCUGUCCUAUCUCCCCAAAUCCAAGCGGGGACCAUUUUGCCGACCAGCAUUCGAGCCACUCCGAUGACUCCGAGGUGGAGAACAUUAUGCAAGACCCCUGCCAUCAUGUAGAACGUGACCACCUUGAACAUGACCGUGACCACGAUCCGCAGCACCACCAUCGUGAUCAAGAGGCUUAUGAUGCAGACAGGGAAGCUGAGGGCCAAGACCGCCCUCACACCCCAUCCUGCUUGCGCCCCCCUGUGGCGGGUAGGGCCCAGUCAGAUUCAGGUUCAGAGCCCAGUUUACCUCUGAGUGUUGAGUUUGACUUGCCCUUCCCCGUCAGUCCCUCCAGACCAAAAAGUCCAUGGGCCCGUUUUGACCCUUACAGCAAUAAUGAGGAUCAGGACAAGGAGUAUGUAGGUUUUGCAACACUCCCAAACCAGGUGCACCGCAAAUCAGUCAAGAAAGGAUUUGACUUCACACUAAUGGUGGCAGGCGAGUCUGGCCUUGGAAAAUCCACCCUGGUCAACAGUCUCUUCCUUACAGAUCUUUACAAAGACAGGAAGCUGCUCAAUGCUGAAGAACGAAUCAUGCAAACAGUUGAAAUCACGAAGCACACUGUUGACAUAGAAGAGAAAGGAGUCAAACUGAAGCUGACAAUUGUGGACACUCCGGGCUUUGGUGAUGCUGUCAACAACACAGAAUGCUGGAAGCCAGUGGCCGACUACAUCGACCAGCAGUUUGAGCAGUACUUCAGGGAUGAGAGCGGCCUCAACCGCAAAAACAUCCAGGACAACCGCGUGCACUGCUGCCUCUACUUCAUCUCCCCCUUCGGUCACGGCCUUCGGCCCCUAGAUGUGGAAUUUAUGAAAGCCCUGCACGAGAAGGUUAACAUUGUUCCAGUGUUGGCCAAAGCAGACACACUCACCCCGAGUGAGGUCAAGAAGAAGAAAAUAAAGAUCAGAGAAGAGAUCGAGCUAUAUGGUAUUAAGAUAUACCAGUUCCCCGACUGCGACUCCGAUGAGGACGAUGACUUUAAGCAGCAGGAUCACGAGCUGAAGGAAAGCAUUCCGUUUGCUGUCAUCGGCAGCAACACAGUGGUGGAAGCCAGAGGCAAGAGGGUGCGAGGUCGUCUGUACCCUUGGGGGAUUGUAGAAGUUGAAAACUCGGCGCACUGUGACUUUGUGAAGUUGAGGAACAUGCUGGUUCGGACUCACAUGCAGGACCUGAAGGACGUGACCCGGGAGACCCACUACGAGAACUACCGAGCCCACUGCAUCCAGAACAUGACCCGCAUGGUUGUGAAGGAGCGCAACCGAAAUAAGCUAACCAGGGAGAGCGGCACCGACUUCCCCAUCCCCGCAGUGGGCGACGUUGCUGACAGCCAGACGGAAAAGCUGAUCCGGGAAAAAGACGAGGAGUUGCGGCGCAUGCAGGAGAUGCUGCAGAGAAUUCAGGACCAAAUGCACACGAAGAAGGACGCCUACUGACACACCAUGUCGCCCUUUUGAACUUUCACCUCCCAUCCCAAUGACCUCAUCAACCUCAUUAGUGCCCAUCAUGCACAUGGCAGGACAAGGUAAGAAAGCUCCACCAUGUAAAUAGGAUUGAAGAAAACAACAAGAGACGCUUGUUCCAAAAUCUCCAUGAAGCCAAUUCUCUUGAAUUUGUUAAAUGUUGUUUUAAGGUCAUGUUUUUCUUCAUGGUGCAGGUUUUUUUUGUUAAUUUUACUACAGGUCAACAUGAAUAUAUCGUCUUUUUUAUUUUUUAUUUUUUUAUACGACACCCAAAUAUGUUUCUCAACAGAUUAUGUUCCUGAUAAUUAUUUAGCGACACUGUUGUUCAACCUGCCUUGUAUGAGUUGAAUGAAUGAAGAUUGUUUCAUUUGAUUUCAAGUUGACAGAGCCGCCAUGUUAGUGGUACCGUUGACAGGUACAUCUCAAUAAAUUUAAGUAUCGUAGACAUUUUUAUUUUAGGUUACAGUAAAUACUUUUCAGACAGCCGACAACUAAUUUCUAUGCUAAAAAGUUUGAUUGCUUAUGUAAUUUAAUUUAUUGACAAUUUGGGGUAAUCAAAAUUAAUAUUUACAUAAAUAUAUCACUGUGUGGAAUGAAUCUUUAUAAUGUUUAACUUUAUGAAUUGAAGGUACUAAAAGUGAGUUCAAAUUUAUUGAGAUGCAUCUGUAUGUAGGUAGGCUACACAUCAGAAAAAUGACACUUGUACUGCCUGAUAUGCUUUUUUUUAAUUCCACUGGAUAAUAAAACAAAACUGUUUUUGUAUUGCCUAGUUAGAGUUCAUAGGCCAAUGAAAAGUCAAACAUGGUAAAUAAAUUAGUUUACCAUGACGAGUAAGAUGCUCACUCACACUUGUCAGAAGAGACAAAUGUUACCGUAACAACUCGCCACUGUUUAUUCGCAUGUGUUGUGAAAGUCACAGUUAUUUAUGGGCAUUGAAACCAAGUAUAAUACAAUAUGGUUAAACAUGA